AUGCGGCUCGUCAUAUUGUGGCUCUCGAUCUGGGCCGUGUGUUCCGCUGCCUCAGCGGGGGCUGGUUCAGACAUGGAGGCACUGCUGGAGUUCGGCCGAGGCAUCCGGCAAGACCCAUCCCGCCGCCGGGCCGUUCCCUGGAACCCCACCAGCGCGCUGGACUCCGACGGCUGCCCCGUCGACUGGCACGGCGUGCAGUGCAGCGGCGGCCAGAUUCUUUCCAUUGCGUUCGACGGCAUUGGUCUCGUGGGGAAUGCUAGCUUGUCGGUGCUGGCGAGGAUGCCCAUGCUCAGGAACUUGUCCCUGUCAGACAACAAGCUAGAAGGGUUCUUGCCGGGUGAGCUGGGGUCGAUGGCGUCGUUGCAGUUGCUGGAUCUGUCUGGCAACAGGUUCUCCGGUCCAAUUCCGUCUGAGUUGACUAAGCUGACAGGUCUGGGCUAUCUCAAUCUCUCUUCCAAUGGUUUCCGUGGCGCAUUGCCGUUGGGUUUCCGGAAUUUGAGGAAAUUGAAGUACUUGGACCUUCAUGGCAAUGGCUUUACUGGUAAACUGGACGAUGUAUUCGCGCAGCUGCAGAGCCCAGUCCAUGUUGAUUUAAGCUGUAACCAGUUCUCGGGGUCAUUGGCAUCGAUCUCUGACAACUCAUCUGUGGUUAGCACGCUUCAGUACUUGAAUGUUAGCCACAAUGUGCUGUCAGGGACAUUGUUUGACAGUGUUCCGAUGCCUUUGUUCGACAGCCUUGAGGUUUUUGAUGCGAGUUUCAAUAUGCUCAGUGGCAGUAUCCCGCAGUUCAGUUUUGUGAUCUCCCUCAAGGUGCUGCGCCUGCAGAACAAUAAUUUUUCUGGCUCUAUCCCAGAAGCAUUCUUUAGGGAGACCUCUAUGGUGCUGACUGAACUUGACCUUAGUUGCAACCAACUUACAGGUCCAAUUAGACGUGUGACAUCAACAAACUUGAAGUACUUAAACUUGUCACACAAUAGUCUUCAGGGAACUUUACCGAUCACUUUUGGAAGCUGUUCAGUAGUUGAUCUGAGUGGAAACAUGUUGUAUGGGAACUUAUCAGUUGCCCGAACAUGGGGAAAUUAUCUCCAGAUGGUUGAUCUGAGCUCAAACAGAUUAACAGGAAGUUGGCCAAAUGAGACAACCCAGUUUUUGAGGCUGACAUCUUUGAGGAUUUCCAACAACUUGCUAUCAGGAGAACUGCCAAUUGUUCUUGGAACCUAUCCAGAGCUGAUUUCCAUUGACCUCAGUCUUAAUGAGCUGCAUGGACCUUUGCCUGGAAGUCUGUUUACAGCGGUUAAGCUGACUUUUCUAAAUCUUUCAGGCAACAGUUUUGCAGGGACUCUCCCCCUUCGAAAUUCUGAUACCAAAAACUCGACUUCUAUAGACUUGUCCAUUCUUCCUGUGCAAACUUCAAACCUCUCAUAUGUUGAUCUUUCAAGCAAUUUUUUGAAUGGCUGGCUGCCAGUGGGCAUUGGUGAUUUGAGUGCAUUGACAUUGCUGAACCUUCGUCAGAACAACUUUACUGGCCAAAUCCCAAGAGCAAUCACCAAACUGAAGAAUUUGAUAUUCAUUGACUUAUCAAGCAACAAUUUCAAUGGUAGCAUACCUGAUGGCCUCCCUGAUGAUCUGGUCGAAUUUAAUGUUUCCUACAACAACCUGUCUGGCUCUGUUCCAAGUAAUUUGUUGAAAUUCCCAGAUUCAUCUUUCCAUCCAGGGAAUGAAUUACUUGUUCUUCCUCGCUCCGAAUCACCAAAUGGCUCUGACAAAUCAGAUGAGGGCAGACACGGCUUGAAGCGUGGGAUUCUAUAUGCAUUGAUUAUCUCUGUCGUUGUAUUUGUUACUGGGAUUAUUGUGCUUUUGCUUGUUCAUUGGAAGAUCAAUAGCUGGAAGAGUAGCGAUAAAGGUACUGGCCAAGGUAAACAACAUGUGACUCAAGGCCAGAGUGCUCAGAGUCAGAGAAGUGCAGAAACUUCAACAAGUGGAGUGCAAGAUGUAACAUUAGGAUCGGCACCUUCUGCAGAGUAUGGAGCUGUUCCAUUGCCUGGCAAGGAAAGACAGCAUGAAACCCAAGAUGUGCCAAUUGAUGCUGCUUAUUUCAAUGAACCAGCAGGUAGUAGCUCAGCCAUUAAAGACAGCACAAAGUCUUUGAUGCCUUCUUUGUCAUCGUCACCUCCUGAUGCGCACUCCCAGCAUCAUCACUCUAUCCUUAGAGUGCACUCUCCUGAUAAACUGGUUGGGGAUUUACAUCUUUUCGACAAUUCAGUUGUGUUCACGGCUGAAGAGCUCUCUCGUGCCCCUGCCGAGAUAAUUGGCAGGAGCUGUCAUGGGACAUCCUACAGGGCUACUCUUGACAAUGGGUACAUGCUGACAGUGAAGUGGCUGAAGGAGGGCUUUGCUAAGAGUAAGAAAGAAUUUUCCCGUGAAAUAAAGAAGCUUGGUAGUGUACAACAUCCCAAUCUUGUCCCGUUGCGUGGUUACUACUGGGGCCCCAAAGAGCAUGAGAGGAUCAUGAUAUCAGACUAUGUAGAUGCGACAUCUCUGUCUACCUACUUGUCUGAAUUUGAUGAGCGGAAUCUCCCACCCCUAUCAGUUGGACAGCGGCUGAAUAUUGCGAUCGUAAUUGCCCGCUGUCUAGAUUACCUGCACAAUGAGCGGGUGAUUCCACAUGGCAACAUCAAGUCGUCUAACGUCCUGAUUCAGAACUCCACUCCAUCUGCUCUGGUAACCGACUACAGCCUUCACAGGCUGAUGACUCCGAUCGGCAUGGCCGAGCAGGUCCUAAACGCUGGUGCCCUAGGAUAUUCCCCACCUGAGUUUUCAAGCACCAGCAAGCCAUGCCCAUCUCUGAAGAGCGAUGUGUACGCUUUUGGUGUCAUUCUGCUGGAGUUGCUGACAGGGAAGAUUGCUGGUGAGAUCAUCUGCAUGAACGACGGCGUGGUCGACCUGACUGACUGGGUGAGGAUGCUGGCUCUGGAGGAGCGUGUCUCAGAGUGCUAUGACCGGCACAUCACGGACGUUGAGAGCUCGGAAGGCACCCUGAAUGCGCUGGAUGGCAUGCUGCGCAUAGCGAUCCGGUGUAUCCGGUCCGCAUCCGAGAGGCCGGAGAUCCGAACGGUGUUUGAGGAUCUCUUGUCCCUAUCGUCGUGA